UCAAACAUUCUCUCUCUCUCUCGGCAUUUGAUCAUCUAAUCUAAAACCCCAAAACCCUAGAGAGAUAUUGUUCGGUUUCUCUGAUUUUAUCCAAAUGAAGCAUAGAGACAUUGUUUUUGCAGGGAAUAUAUCUCUUGUUAAGGGCUACAAUUUCUCUGUUUUCCGCACAAAUAGAUAAGCGAAUUUUCGAAGAGAGGUUCAGAGAAGGAGGGCGCUUCAAUGGCCGCAAGGGCUUCCAGGAAAAUUUUCAGGGAGGCUCUGUACAGAAAAGCAAAUUUCAAAGCCUUUGGUGGCUCCAGACAUUUGAGUUCGGUAGCUGGAAAUUCUCCCAAGAUCCCUCAGUCUUCUAAGAAAGGGAGGUUAUUGACUGGGGCCACGAUAGGCCUAUUAAUAGCUGGGGGAGCUUAUGUGAGUACUGCAGAUGAGGCAACUUUCUGUGGUUGGCUAUUUUCAGCUACAAAACUUGUGAAUCCAUUAUUUGCCUUUUUGGAUCCAGAGGUUGCUCAUCGGCUAGCAGUUUCUGCGGCAGCCCGUGGUUUGGUUCCGAAGGAGAAAAGGCCAGAUCCAUCGAUAUUGGGGCUGGAAGUUUGGGGACGGAAAUUUUCAAAUCCAAUUGGUCUUGCUGCUGGUUUUGAUAAAAAUGCUGAGGCUGUUGAAGGAUUAUUAGGGUUAGGCUUUGGGUUUGUAGAGGUGGGCUCAGUAACUCCUGUUCCACAGGAGGGUAAUCCAAAGCCUUGUAUCUUCAGGUAUCCACAGGAGGGUGCUAUCAUAAAUCGUUGUGGCUUCAAUAGUGAAGGAAUCGUGGCUGUUGCAAAACGGUUGGGUGCCCAGCAUGGUAAGAGAAAGCUGGCUGAAAUAACAAGCACUUCGAUCUCCUCCAGUGAUGAAGUCCAACCUGGAGGAAAAGCAGGCCCUGGAAUUCUUGGGGUUAAUCUUGGCAAGAAUAAGACAAGUGAAGAUGCCGCUGCUGACUAUGUUCAAGGGGUUCAUACUUUGUCCCAAUAUGCUGAUUAUUUGGUUAUAAAUGUUUCAUCACCAAACACUCCUGGAUUGCGUAAACUUCAGGGGAGAAAACAACUAAAGGAUCUUAUUAAGAAGGUACAAGCUGCUCGUGAUGAAAUGCAAUGGGGUGAAGAGGGCCCUCCACCAUUGCUUGUGAAAAUUGCUCCAGACUUGUCUAAAGAAGACCUUGAAGAUAUUGCAGCGGUUGCUCUUACUCUCCGCUUGGACGGAUUGAUAAUAUCAAAUACAACCAUUUCAAGACCUGAUCCUGUAAGGAAGAACCAGGUGGCUGAAGAGUCUGGUGGCUUAAGCGGGAAGCCUCUUUUUAGUCUAUCCACCAACAUCUUGAAGGAGAUGUACCUUUUGACGAGGGGAAAGAUCCCGCUUAUUGGUUGCGGGGGUAUUAGCAGCGGUGAGGAUGCAUACAAGAAGAUACGAGCAGGAGCAGUGCUUGUUCAGCUAUACACAGCCUUUGCCUAUGAAGGGCCUAUACUCAUUCCCCAGAUAAAGGCUGAGCUGGCACAGUGCCUAGAAAGAGAUGGUUUCAAGUCCGUACGGGAAGCUGUUGGUGCAGAUUAUCGAUAGCUUUAUCCUGAUGCUGCAUGUCAACUGCAGGGGAGCCCAGUUUACCUCCUCUUAAAACCAAGAGGGAGAAGGGAUCUGUAAGUAGAUGAGUCAAGGAUCCUGCUGCCUGAUUAAAAAAAAAAAAAUUUCCGUAGCAAACAUGCUGCACAGGCCACCAAAGAAUGCCAUAUAGCCUCCCUCAGAUUCGUCAAAUUCUUUAACUUUUCAUUAUGGCCAUCAAAUAUUAUUUAUUAAAGAUUUAGUUCCCUUUUAUUGUCUUUACUGUGCAUCUUAGGUGCAUCCAGCAUCGUGGAUGUUGGCUACUGUGAAUACCCUGAAAUUUUGUAUCCCAUAUUUAUAUUUGUUCAGCGAAAGAAAAGUUCAGAUAGAAGUUGCAGAGGGAUCUGUAGUUUCCUCCAUUUUCCCUGUUAAUCAAGUUUGUAUUGUUUGUUAAAA